ACAAAUUCCACUUCAAGAUCACUAGUCAUCUAUUUUAAUUUCAUCUCCUUUUUCUCUCUCUAUUUUAGUUUUCUGUAGAAGCUCACUUUUAGGUACUUAAAAGUUAGUGGACUACUUUUUUGGUGGAAAUGGCUUUCAACUCAUCAACCCCUGAGAUGAACUUGAAGCUUCUAAUCAACACACAGGACAAUAAAGUUGUCUUCGCUGAAGCUGAAAAAGAUUUCAUAGAUUUACUGUUCAACCUCCUAACUUUGCCUAUUGGCACCAUUGUGGGUUUCCUCCCAAAAGAAGUUUGUCUAGGAGGCCUGCAUAAGAGUGUGAAAAAACUAGAGGGAGCUUACUUGCAGCCUAACCAGAGCUCAGACUCGCCCUUGAAGUUGAACACACCAGCAUAUGCUAUUCUUCCUCUCUUUAAUCCUUCUUCAUCAAGGAGUAAUGAUCCUUUCUUUCAUUGCUCUUCAUCAAGGAGUUAUGGUCAUGUGCAGGGCUUGGUUACCUACAUGGUGACUGAUGACUUGUCGAUUACACCCAUGUCCCUGACAGCAACCAUGGCUUUGUUUAAGAAGUGCAACAUAGAGGAAGUUAAUGUUCUUGAGGAGAAGGUGGUUAAAAUUGGUUUUGAUGAGGCUUUGCAGUUGUUGAAGUGUUCUCUGCAGUCCAACGCAGCUCUCACUGAAGUCUUCCUUGAGAAAGAAGAAACACAACAGUCCAAAGCAGCUCCCGCAGUUGCCGCAGUUGGCGCACCUCCCGCAGUUGCCGCAGUUGGCGAUAUGGGGUGUGGUUGUGGAAUCAGUUGCUGGUAGUGGGUAUGAUAGAUAGGGAGGUGGUGAGCUUGUCAUGACGUUUCAAACAGGAGCGGUUGCCGCAGUUGCCGAAGUUGCCGCACGUCCCGCACCUCCGGCAGUUACCAUUAACAGUCGCAGCUACCGCUGAAGUAUUACAAAUACAAAAGGACUAUGAAUAUGAUUGUUUGAGCAGGAGACCGACGUAGUAUUAAACUCCGUUUUCGAAUUUGCAAAAAUAAAAAAAUUGUAAGUCUCUAAAUAAUGUUUAUUUUUACAUGCCUUUAUAUAAUGUAAACUCUAUUUGUCCCCAA